ACAAAAAUCUAACAUCACCUCAACCUCCCAUUCAUGUUGCAUAUUUAACUCUUUCUAGUUUCUAUUCCAUUCAUUGCCCACCAAUUGCUUGCUUUAUUGCCUCAACACACACACACAACAAAAGAAGAAAAAAGAGAAGAAGAAAAGAAAACUCUGUGAUUGCUUGCUUGCAUAGAGGAUAAUAAUUGAGGUGUGGUGAAGAAUUUGUUGGAGUGAGGGGAGGAGGACCCACCUACCCUUCACAUUCAUCAUCCUCUUCACCAAUCUCUUUUUAAUCUUCUGCUGUUGCACCACCAUCACCACCACCAUCACAAGGUGUCAUAAAACCUGAUACCAGAUCUUCAUUACUUUCAUUGGUUCACCUCUUCAUAAGGAAAUAUUCAACUCUUCAUUGAAUAGCAACUGUUUUUGGUUGACUUCACUGUUGUAUUGUGCUCUUCAUUGGAAGCUAAUAGGAGAAGCAAAUAGUAUCAAGCUGUUGCAAGUUUUGUUUUCUUUAUCCAACACCCCAUAACAGCAUUUCAAGGCAAUUUCCCUUGUUCAUCCGUGUGGUUGUUCUCUACCUAAUUUAUUCUGAUCUAACUUUGGUCUAGGAGGCCCACCAUUGGGCUUUUGGUGGGCUUUCGUUGAACCAAUCAAAAUUCCAUCUUUAAAAGGUGGUUGAACUUUGAAGGUUCCUUGUUUCUUUCCAACAAGGAAGGGGGUGAGUGUGCCAAUUGUGUUGAAUAGUGAGUUCCACAAUUGGCUUUAAGGCUCUAUAACAUAUGCAAAACUCAAAUUUCACCCUUGAAAGAUAUCCUAUCUUGUAAUGCUACUUUACUUCAUAACUUGUGUCUCUUUCUUUCUGUUUUUAAAGCCUCUCAUCCUUCUCAAACCACUCCCAUCAUGGACUAGUGAGGUGAGAUUUAUCUCUCUUUUGUUUCACAAAGAGCUUUUGUCUGUGAAAUCCAUCACUAGUUUGUUUAGGAACCGCCUUUGGCUUGGUUUUCUUUGUCAAAUUCCUUCAAGAAUGUCUCUUGUGAAGAAGACUCACACUUCAAAGGUGGAGAAUGUUGAGGACACACAAGAGAUGUCAGUGUUGGACUUGCCAGAUUUAGUGUUGGAAACCAUACUUGAGAAGCUCCCUCCAUCUUCACUUUGUCAAAUGGCUGGUGUUUGCCGUUCAUUGAGGGAGAGAUGUGUGAGUAAUCACCUAUGGGAGAGGCACAUGAAACAGAAAUGGGGAAGAGUUGUAGGUUCAGUUGCUUACAGGGAGUGGAAAUGGCAUGUUGCUUCCAAAAGGAAUGUUGGCAGUGUUAGACAUGGCAAGCAAAGGAGCUUGAUGAGGCUCGUGCCGCUUCGUUGGCCUUUUUCAUGGAUGAGAAUGAAGGUGGAAACAAGUUAUAGCAGCAAGCAGAGGAGUUAUGUGCCUCCUGAUUCAUUCAUGACUUGGUAUCUUGCUCUUGAGAGUGGCAGCUUCGCGUUUCCUGCACAGGUCUAUAACCGCGAGAACGGCCAUGUUGGAUUUAUGUUAUCAUGCUAUGAUGCUGAGCUUAGCUAUGAUCCAAGCACUGACACCUUCCAAGCCAGGUAUCCACCACAUGGAAGAAGGGCAGCUACAGUAGAGCAUGGUGUCCCAUGGGAAAGGCUAAGGGCACCACCUGUUGAUACUCCUCCACAUGAUCUUCAUAUCUCUGACUGUCUAUGUGAUUUGCAUCCGGGUGAUCAUGUAGAGAUUCAGUGGAGGAGAAACAAAGAAUUUCCUUAUGGUUGGUGGUAUGGUAUUGUAGGACACUUGGAGUCAUGCGAUGGGAAUGAAAAUUACUGCCAUUGUCAUAAUAGUGACACAGUGGUGCUAGAGUUCAAUCAGUACACUCCUGAUUCGCGUUGGAGGACAACGAAUAUCAGUAGGAAAGAUCACCGGGAGGAGGGAAAUGAGGCGGACGGUUUCUAUGGAGGAAUCAGAAAGAUAAAGAGUGAGAAUGAGAUUUCCAUUUGGAAAAAACUUUGGCCUUCUGAUGUGUUGGACUAAAUAGAUCAUACUUUCCAGAUAGCGUUAUGUCAAGACUAGUAUUCUUAUUUGGCAGAUUCUUCUGCAUUAGGGAAAAGGGGUUAUAUAGGAUUCUCAUUAUGCCAAAUGGACACUGAGGCUCCCCCUUUUAUUAUCACAAUUUUUUUCAUGGAAAAGUGUAGGCUUCUUCAUGUAAUUUCAAUUCAUGUAAAUUACUCAUUUAAGCACUGAUGGCGCUGAAAGUUGAUUCCACAUAAUAUAGAAGGUUAAGAAUC